AAAGAUAUGUCGAUGCGGAGCAUAGGAAGCUUGAGUCCCCUUCACGCUACUUUGUCGUCGGCUUCUACCUUUCUUUCGCUAUAAAGAACAGUUCCUUUCCCACUCAUGCAACCCAACACAGUUCUAUUCUCCUCCGUCAAUGGCAAAGCAGAGGAGAUUCUGUGAAGUCUGAAACAGAGGAGGAGGAGAUGGAGAUUGAAAGGCCAAGCUUCAUCAGAAACGGAGUAGUGAGACUUCCACCUGGAUUCAGGUUCCACCCAACUGAUGAAGAACUGGUGGCGCAGUACCUUAAAAGGAAGGCCUUUUCCUGCCCAUUGCCUGCCGCAGUUAUUCCCGAGAUCAACCUCUCCGAGUUCGAUCCUUGGGAUUUGCCAGGUGAGAACGAAGGAGACAAGUACUUUUUCAAUUUGGUAGAGAGAUCCACGUACCACCGUAGCAACCGAGCGGCUGGCUCCGGCUACUGGAAGUCUACCGGAAAGCCAAAGCCGGUGGUGGCGCUGGCGAGCAAAGAGCUGGUAGGGAUGAAGAGGGUGCUCGUCUUCCACCGGUGGAAGUCACCCCAAGGUUCGCGAACCGAUUGGGUCAUGCAAGAGUACUGCCUCCCAAGAUCGAACUCAAUCCACCUCUUCGUGGAGCAGAGCAAAGACUGGGUGGUCUGCCGCAUAUUUAAGAAGAGGACAAGUGGAGUAGCCGAUCAUAGAGCACGAAGAAGGAGGUCCGGCAAUUGCAGAGCCGUGCUCGUUCCUUCUUGUUCUUUCUCUUCCUCAAGCUGCGUGACUGGUCUCGAAGAGGAGGAGCAGGAGGAAGGAGAUGAAGGUUGCAGCAAGGCAAUCGAUUAGAGUUCGCUUUGUGUUGUUUUAGAGCUUUAAAUUUGGAGCUGUGAUCUCUGCACCGUGUGAAUUAUUACCAUCUCUAGUGCUAACUAGCUCGUUCUUGCUGGUUUGAUUUUAUCAAUCAAGAAAGCGAUUGAACUUUUCA